AUGGCUGAUCACUUCUUGCAGGGCCUGGAGAGCUUGAAGCACUCUUUCUCCAUACCAGACAUUCAGUUGAGCCCGAGCCCUUUUCCGGGGAUGAUGCAUCCAUAUCCAUCCAACAUCCAUAGCCAGACAGGUUUCCCACCCGACAAUCUUUUCCCUCAUUUACAAGUAUCCCCUGCAAACUCAGGACACUUUCCAAGAUUGUUCAACCAUGAAAACACCUCCCCUGUCCCUAUUGCUUCCGAGCACGUUGCUUCCACUGAUGAUGGGCAUGCAGACAGGAAGAGGAAAGCAAUGGAAUUCCCCAGUCCAGCCAACUCAUCACCUCAAGGCUCUGACAAUGGCAUUAGGAAGAAGAAUAAGAAGUGCUCAGGGAGAGGGAAGAGAGGUAAAAGCGAUGAGAAUGAAGAGAAGCCAAGGGAAGUGGUUCAUGUAAGGGCGAAAAGAGGUCAAGCCACUGAUAGUCACAGCUUAGCUGAAAGAGUCAGACGAGAAAAAAUCAAUGAGCGGUUAAGAUGCUUGCAGGACAUUGUUCCAGGAUGCUACAAGACGAUGGGAAUGGCAGUAAUGUUGGAUGAAAUCAUCAACUACGUGCAAUCCCUGCAAAAUCAAGUAGAGUUCCUGUCCAUGAAACUCACGGCAGCCAGCACUUUUUACGACUUUAACUCAGAAACGGAUGCCCUGGAGACACUACAGAGAGCCAAGGCAGUCGAAGCAUCAAAGUUUCAGAGUGGAGCAAGCCCCGGAAUUCCCUCUGUUGUGUUUGGCUCUUUAGAAUCCAAUCUUAGCUAUUAUCCUCAGCUACCACACAACAGAUGAAGAUUCAUUCGAGUGUUUCAAUCCUUUUGUCUCAAUCCAAACUACAUCAUUCAAGGCUUGCUAUGCCAAAGAAAAAAAAAAGAACAGAAUUACAGAUUAAAAAAUAUAAACAGAAAUACAUAGUUCAACACAUAA